AUGAGGCUCAAUAGCACAACUGAAUAUUUACUUGUACUUUGCAAGAUAAUCACUGUAAACACGGUGUGGGACUUGCAUGGAGAAGUGUUGGUUAGAGUUGAAAAUUCUAAUAUCGCACUUAAUGAUGAAGUAGAAGUUGAUAGCGCUGAAGAGGAUGACAUUACUCAAAUGAUCCACGAUGCUUGUGGAUAUAUGAAUCUAGAUAAUAAUGCUACUUAUUCGGAGGGAAAUGAAGAGCCAAAUAUGCAUGCUACAAAGUUCUACAAAUUAUUAGAAGAUGGUAAGACAGAACUUUAUCCUGGUUGCACAAAAGUCUCAAAGUUGUCUUUUGUUGUUAAAUUACUUCACUUCAAGUCACUUAACCAUUGGAGCAAUAAAUCAAUGGAUGAGUUAUUAAGGUUCUUUAAAGAAGUUCUUCCUGAGGGAUCAUUUGUACCUAGGUCUUUCUAUGAAGCAAAGAAAGUUCUUUGUGACCUAGGCUUGGGAUAUACCAAAAUAGAUGCAUACCAGAAUGAUUGUAUUUUAUAUUGGAGCGAUUAUGUCAAUGCUCAAUCAUGUCCUAAGUGUAGCAAGUCUAGAUGGAAGUCAGUAAAACUCAAAGGCAAGAAAGUAGCUCAUAAAGUGUUGCGAUAUUUUCCAAUCAAACCAAGGCCUCAAAGAUUAUACAUGGCAAAAGAGACAUCAAAGAAGAUGAGGUGGCACAAGGAGAAGAAUAUUGAUGACGAUGUCAUGCGUCAUCCAUCUGACUCAAUAGAAUGGAAAUCUUUCAAUGAGCAUCAUCCUACUUUUUUAGUUGAGUUAAGAAAUGUGCGAUUAGGUUUAGCAAGUGAUGGGUUUCAACCUUUUGGAAAUAUGAGUUCCAAUCAUAGUAUAUGGCCUAUCAUUCUAGUUACAUAUAAUUUGCCACCAUGGGAUUGCAUGAAAGAUCCAUAUUUCAUGAUGACACUUCUUAUUCCAGGACCUAAGUCUCCAGGGAAUGAUAUUGAUGUAUAUUUACAACCAAUGAUUGAUGAGUUGAAAGAAUUAUGGGAUGGGGUGGAGACUUAUGAUGCACACUCAAAAUCUAAUUUUCUUAUGCGUGUGGCUCUGCUCUGGAUGAUUAAUGACUUUCCAGCAUAUGAAAACCUUUCAGGUUGGUCAACCAAAGGCAAGCUUGCAUGUCCCUAUUUCCAUAAAGACACACAAUCAAUUUCCUUACGCAACAAAUUGUGUUAUAUGGGGCAUCGUUGCUUCCUUCCCAUGAACCAUCCAUGGCGUAAAAAUAGGAUGUUAUUUGAUGGGAAAGUGGAAAUGGGGAUCGCACCUAGACCUUUAACAGGUGAUGAAGCUCUUAUGCAAUUACAUGAGUUGGGCAAUGUGAGUUUUGGUAAAGUGCAAAAGUGA